AAAUAUAUCCGGACAUUUACUAUUCCCCAAAAAGAAAAAAAAAAAAAAAAAAAAAAAAGGAAAAAGAACAGAGAUAAGACUUCAGAAAGACAGAGAGAGCAUCAUUCAUGGUCAUGGAGAAGGAGGAAGCUAGGCAGAAGAGUAUGAGAGUUCUAAUGCUUCCAUGGUUGGCCUGUGGUCACAUAACUCCAUUCCUAGAGCUAGCUAAGAAGCUCACUCACGGAAACUUUAACAUCUAUCUGUGCACUUCUCCUGUUAAUCUCAAUUUCAUCAAGAACCAAGUUCCUCAUCAUCUUCGUCCAAACUACCCCUCCAAUUCUAUACAACUAGUAGAGCUUCAUCUACCAUCUCUUCCUGACCUUCCUCCUCACCACCACACAACCAGAGGCCUCCCGCUACAUCUCUUUCCCACCUUCGUAAAGGCCGUACACAUGACCAAACCUCAAGUCUCCCAUAUCAUUCAGACCCUUAAGCCAGACUUGCUCAUAUAUGAUGUUUUUCCAUUUUGGGUGCCCGAUUUAACUUCUUCUCUCAACAUUCCAUCUGUUGCCUUCAUAACUAGCGGACUGGCCUUCGUUUCUCUAAUGUUUCACCAAAUCAAAAAUGAUCAUGAAGAAUUCCCUUUUCCAGAAAUCUCUCCUGAUUAUUUGAGAAUUAAGUUUUCCCAUAUGCGCAAGCAUCUUCCUUUCACUGAUGAUCAGGGAAGAGAUAUAUCACCCAUCAGCAUGUAUCAAAGAUCUUCUAAAAUCAUUCUGGCAAGAUCUUGUAGAGAACUUGAGGGAAAAUAUAUCGAUUAUCUUUCACUUUCUUUUGGCAAGAAGAUUGUUCCUGUUGGUCCUCUGGUUACAAAUCCUGCCCAUGGCAAUGAGGGUAUUGACAUCAUCAACUGGCUCAACAAGAAAGACAAGUCUUCGACUGUGUUUGUGUCCUUUGGCAGUGAGCAUUGUCUGGAUAAGGAAGAUAUGGAGGAGAUCGCUCAUGGGCUAGAGCUUAGCAAGGUGAAUUUCAUUUGGGUUGUUAGGUUUGAAGAGGGAGAGAAAAUGAAGCUUGAAGAUGCUCUUCCAAAUGGGUUUUUAGAAAGGGUGGGAGAGAAGGGAAUGGUUGUUGAGAAUUGGGCACCCCAAAUAAAGAUUCUGAACCAUACAAGCAUUGGUGGGUUUGUGAGUCACUGUGGAUGGGGUUCAGUCAUGGAGAGCAUAACAUUUGGUGUCCCGAUCAUAGCAAUGCCUAUGCAUAUGGAUCAGCCAUGGAAUGCAAGACUAGUAGAGGAGUUAGGGAUUGGUUUAGAGAUUAAGAGGGACAAUGAUAAUGGAAAGCUUCAAAGAGGAAAUGUUGGAAAAAUUAUUAAUCAAGUGGUGGUGGAAAAAACUGGAGAAGAUAUUAGAAGGAAAGCAAGAGAAAUGAAUGACUGCAUAAAAAGUAAAGCUGAGGAAGAGGUGGAUGAAGUGGUAAAUGAACUUUUAAAGCUAGCUGAAGGGCACAUAUAAAGCAACCUAAGGGUGAUUUUAUGUUACCUACCAAAUUACAGAUCAUGUGUGAUUGUAAAAUAAGCUCAGUUUCUCUUUCUGUCUGGCAUGGAAAUGCAGCAAUUGUGACAGGCAUUCUAUUGGAGAGGAAUGAAAGGAUAACAUAAUUGUGUUAUAUAUAUCUCUCUUAUGCUAUUGUAUGUAUUUCAUUAUGUAUGUAUAUCAGUUAGAGGUUGUACUUAUCCUUUGUUAUCCCUGGUUACGUAACUUUUAUAUAUGUACUGGUUAUUCACAUCAAUAAUAUUAGUGCCUUUUCAAGA